CUCGAACACCAUCUGCUCUCUUAGCCUGUGAUGGUUUUUAGUCGGGCCAAUUGGAUGGAUUACACUUUGCAAUAUGAGAUGGAGGUGAUUGAUGAUGACAUGAAUAUACGCAGUACAUCUUGUACCCCAUCAAACCGCACUUCCUUUAUUCCAAAAACAUAUCGAAAAGUCACAGUUUCACCACCCCAAAUUCCACAUCAACAUCGACAAUUCCCAUCCCCAAAAUGCCACCAACCAACCUCCUAGCCUCCAAAACCGCCAUCAUCACCGGUGGCACAACCGGCAUCGGCCGCGCCAUCACCCUCGCCUUUCUCUCCCAAGGCUGUUCCGUAGCCGUUAACCACCUCGAUCUCCCGCGCGACCGACACCACGUUGACUCUUUGAUCGCCGAAGCCGCAGCCCUCAAGUCUUCCUCCUCUUCACCGCAGCACACAACAAUAGGCGACCUAGCUCUCCUACCCGGCGACGUCCGCGACCCGUCCACCGGUCCAGCUCUCGUCAAAUUCGCCCUCGACACAUUCAAGACCGACCGCCUAGACAUUUGCGUUUCCAACGCCGGUAUCUGCCAAUUCGCCGAUUUUUUGGACAUGGAUGCGGACUUAUUCAGUAACACGGUCCGAACCAACCUAGACGGAGCAUUCUACGUCGUCCAAGCGGCUGCACGACAGAUGGCGCGUCACCAGGAUCCGCCGGGCGGAAGCAUAAUAGGCAUCAGCUCCAUUUCUGCGCUGGUGGGAGGGGCAGGGCAGACGCAUUAUACGCCCACCAAGGCCGGGGUGUUGAGUUUGAUGCAGAGUAUGGCGUGUGCGUUGGGGAGGUAUGGGAUACGGUGUAAUUCGAUACUGCCGGGGACGGUGGAGACGCAGUUGAAUGAGGGGGAUUUGAACGCUGAUGAGGAAAAUGGAAGGGAGAAGAGGAGGUAUAUGGAGGGACGGAUACCGCUGGGACGACUGGGACGGCCGGGGGAUGUGGGUGGGCCGGCGGUGUUUUUGGCGUGUGAGGAGUUGAGUGGGUAUGUGACGGGGGCGCAGGUGUUGGUUGAUGGGGGGUUGUUUGUUAAUUUGCAGUGAGGGGGGGUGUGAUCGAGUUGUCUCGUUGUUGGUACAAUGAUCAGACUUUUUGAGA